UUCAUUUUCCCAAUGAGCAUCUGCGCUCGAGUCCCCCGAAACAAAGUGACACCUCAUCCUUCCAGCAAGCAGACAAGAUGGGGGAAGUGAAAAUCCCCAGACAAAUGUUUUUGUGGAGUAUUGCCGUCAUUUACGUGUGUGCUUUUGCAUCUAUCUACGUUCAGAUACCAGGUUUGUAUGGAGAUGAGGGUAUUGUCCCUGUCCGCCUACUGAUGCCCCGGGUGCAGCGGCCCCUGCUGGAACAGCUUCAGGCCUCCCCAUCCCUGCUGUGGUUGGGGCCAUCUCUGGGACUGGAGCCCCAGCAGGCCCUGGAGCUCAUCUGCCUGCUCGGGGUGGUGCUAGGCAUGUGUGCUGUGCUACUGGGGCCACUGAGAGACAGUCUGACCUUCUUCUGCCUGUGGGCCCUCUACCUCUCACUCUAUAAUGUUGGGGGGGACUUCCUUCGCUCUGAAUGGGAUAUGCUGCUGUUGGAGGUGGGGUUUCUGGCUGUGCUUGUAGCUCCUCUUGGUUUACUGCGGGGUCGUUCCUUUAACGGGUACCAUGACCCUGUGACCUUUUGGUUGACCCGCUGGCUGUUGUUCCGGCUUACCUUCUGCACAGGUGUGAUUAAGCUGGCCAGUGGCGACCCUGCCUGGUGGAAGCUCUCAGCUUUGAGUCAUCAUUUUGAGAACCAGAUAAGUCCCACACCUUUGGCCUGGUAUGCCCGUCAGCUCCCUGAUUGGCUGUUGAAGUUUGGAGCAGUGGCUCUGUUACAGUGUGAGAUUGUAGUUCCUCUUCUGACGUUCUUUGCUCCCAUUCGCCGUUUGAGACUUUUUGGCUUUUAUGUUCAGAUAUUUCUCCAGCUCUGUCACAUCCUAACGGGCAACUGCAGUCUUCUGAAUCUGCUGACCAUCGCCCUGAGCUUCUCAUUAUUGGACGAUGAUCACUUCAACUCUAGUGUUGGUCCAAAGAAAAAGAAGAAAGCCAAGAGCUUGACACUUUGGUCUUUGGUCUCUCUCUUGGCAUUGCUGGUGGAGUUGGCUGUGUACGCCUUGAUCUUGUAUAGUGAAGUUAAACUUUUUAACCUGCAGAUUAACUGGGAACAUAAAACUUUGUCAUCCACAACAGAUUUCACUCGAAAGGACUUUGAUGAGUUCCUGCAGUUUGUUCAUUUGCCCACUAUCUGGGUUGGGGUGCUUUCUUUCACUUGGGAAGCAGUGGCAGCCAUGCUUAAGUGUGUGUGCACACAAGGCAUUCUUGGCAAGUUUUGGUCCCUUAUCCAGUGGGCAGUCAUCAUGACAGCCUCUAUAGGUGUAUUCACCCUCAGUAUGGUUCCAUAUGCAGCCAUAACCGGAAUAACACUGCUGCCUGAAGUGAGAGAUGUUUACAGCACUGUGGAGAGGCUCCAGUUGGUUGGGGCCUAUGGCAUCCAGCAUAGAAUGACAUCUACUGAGGGCAGGCCUGAGAUCAUUUUAGAGGGCAGCUAUGAUGGCCUGACAUGGAAGGAAAUAAACCUCAUGUAUAAGACAGGAAAUGUGAAUGUAGCCCCAGCCAUAUCUGGACCCCACCAGCCGCGGCUAGAGUGGUUGAUGUGGCAGGCCGCUCAGGAUGGGCAUGAUCAAAGUCCCUGGUUUACAGGUCUUGUUCAGCGCCUCCUAGAGGGGAAACCAGAGGUGGUUAGUCUGCUUCAGGUAGAUGAAACGCAGUACCCCUUUAGUAAGAAACCACCAGCCCUCAUAAAAGCCAAGCUUUACAACUACCACUUCACAUACCCUGUGAAAGACAAGUCCCGCCGGCAUGACUGGUGGAAGAGGCAGUACACAGGGGAGUUUUUUCCUAUUGUUAACCUUGGUGACACAACUCUAGUCAAAAUGUUGGAGGAGUCUGGACUGACGGAAAAGUUCCCAGUUCAGCCCAGCUCAGACACGCCUGUAUCCCAAGUCCUAAGCCACAUUCGGGGUCACCUGAAAGGCUUCUCGGGGCCCCUGCUGCUGUCAACUCUGUUGGCUACUUUAGCCAGUAUCUUCCUCGUCAAAGCCGCCUUCUCCUGUGCUUUAGGGGGCCGAAAGCCCAAAUCAGCUACAGCUGAUCACAAGACUAAGAAAUCCAAAGAGCCCUCUGAGCCCUCCACGUCCAACCGGUACAACAGGAAGGACAACACAGAGGGCAGGAAGUUGGACUCAGAAAAGAGCCCCCGCAGGAGGAAAUGAGAUGUCACUUUGUGCCUUUAUGUUUGGCCAGAUGCGACGAUACAUGUUGCUAUCUCAGGUGUACAUUUUUCUAAGAUUAAUUCUUUGAUUUUCAUUUGUGUCUCACCUCAGAUUUGAGUGUUUACCACUACAAUGUUUUAUAGCAAAGUUCCUCCAUCUCAUUGUGUCAAAACCAUGAAGUAAACUGACAGUACACGCGGUACUUGAUAUAACUGGCUUUGAAUGCUAACAGCCAAUUUUUAAGAUCUGUUACACCCAUCUUUAUACACAGUGGAUGUCACAAAUACCAUUUUAUUCAUUAAAAGGUUGAUACAUUA